ACAGAUACAGUCCGGUUGAAAUUUUGCACUGAUGCUCUUUCUUCUCUCCUCUUUCUCUACCUGUGCGUUCACCCUCUCUAGACUGUAAAGCAAGAAAAUGGUAAGCGAUAAGUCUAAAUGUCUAGAUGAUGUGGUGAUUAAAGCACCAACAGAUAAACGUUUAUACAGAAUUGUUUAUCUCCCAAAUGGUCUUCAAGCUCUUCUUAUUCACGAUCCUGAAAUCUUUCCUGAAGGCCCCCCUGAUCCUUCUAAAACCCUAGAAAAUGAUAAUGCUGAAGAAGAAGAAGAGGAAGACGAUGAAGAAGAAGAUGAUGACGAUGAUGAUGAAGAAGAAGAUGGCGAAGAAGAAGAUGAUGAAGAAGAGGAAGAACUGAGUGAGAAACGUACUGGUGUUCCCCCAACUAAGAAGGCAGCGGCAGCAAUGUCUGUAGGAAUGGGAAGCUUUUCUGAUCCUUCUGAGGCUCAGGGUCUUGCUCAUUUUCUAGAACACAUGCUCUUUAUGGGAAGUGCUGAAUUUCCAGAUGAAAAUGAGUAUGAUAGUUACAUAUCCAAGCACGGAGGCUCAACAAAUGCCUACACUGAAACAGAGCAUACAUGCUACCAUUUCGAGGUUAAGAGAGAGUUUCUCAAGGGAGCCCUUAGAAGGUUUUCGCAGUUCUUUGUUUCACCUUUAGUCAAGGCUGAGGCUAUGGAGCGAGAGGUUUUAGCUGUAGAUUCAGAGUUUAAUCAGGUUCUACAGAAUGACCAUUGUCGACUUCAGCAACUUCAGUGUCAUACAUCUGCUUCUGGUCAUGCUUUUAACAAGUUCUUUUGGGGAAAUAAGAAGAGCCUGGCUGAUGCUGUAGAAAAGGGAGUCAACCUACGGGAACAAAUUCUUGAGUUUUACAGAGAAUAUUACCAUGGUGGUUUGAUGAAACUAGUAGUCAUUGGUGGAGAGUCUCUUGAUGUACUUCAGGAAUGGGUGGAGGAACUCUUCAGUGAUGUCAAAAAAGGAAGUCAGUCAAGCAUAAAAAUUGAAAGUCAGUUGCCUAUCUGGAAAGCUGGUAAAAUAUACAGGUUACAGGCAGUUAAAGAUCUUCAUAAUCUCAAUCUAACCUGGACACUGCCAUGUCUUCGCAAAGAAUAUCUGAAGAAACCAGAGGAUUACUUAGCUCAUCUCCUCGGUCAUGAGGGAAAGGGAAGCUUGCUCUUUUUUCUAAAAGCUAAAGGAUGUGCAACUUCUUUAUCUGCUGGUGUUGGCGAUGAUGGGAUGUAUCGGUCCUCUAUAGCUUAUAUCUUUAACAUGUCUAUAUACCUAACUGAUUCUGGCUUGGAGAAGGUGUAUGAGGUUAUUGGAGUUGUGUAUCAGUACCUUAAAUUAUUGGGUCAAGCUGAGACUGAGCAGUGGAUAUUCAAGGAACUCCAAGAUAUUGGGAAUUUGGAAUUUAGAUUUGCAGAGGAGCAACCACAGGAUGAUUAUGCUGCAGAGCUUGCAGAAAAUUUGCUUCGCUACUCAGAUGAACACAUCAUAUAUGGGGAUUAUGCAUACGAAGUCUGGGAUAAUAAUUUGCUUAAACAUGUUUUGAGUUUUUUUACUCCAGAAAACAUGAGGGUUGACAUUUUGUCGAAGUCUUUUGAUUUGCAGUCAAAAGAUAUUAAAUGUGAACCAUGGUUUGGAUCAAAAUAUAUUGAAGAAGAUAUUUCACCAUCACUUUUGGAGCUUUGGAGGGAAUCUCCUCAAAUUGAUCCAUCAUUGCACAUACCAUUUAGAAAUGAGUUCAUUCCAUGUGAUUUUUCCAUCCGCAGUCCUAAUCCUAAUAAUGAUGUGAAUGUGUGCCUCCCGAAAUGUGUACUUGAUCACCCAUUGAUGAAGUUCUGGUAUAAGCUUGAUCAAACCUUUAAAGUUCCUCGUGCAAACUCAUAUUUCCUCAUAACUGUGAAGGGAGCAUACAACAAUGUUAAAAGUUGUGUUCAGACUGAGUUGUUCGUAAACCUUCUGAAAGAUGAGCUCAAUGAGAUUUUGUAUCAGGCUGGUGUUGCGAAAUUGGAUACCUCGUUGUCUAUCGUUGGAGAUAAGCUUGAGCUGAAGGUCUAUGGUUUCAAUGACAAGCUUCAAGUUUUGUUGUCUAAAAUACUAACCAUAACAAAAUCUUUUAUGCCAAAUGAUGACCGUUUUAAGGUCAUCAAAGAGGAGAUGGAGAGAUCUUUCAGAAACACAAAUAUGAAGCCAUUAAAUCAUUCGUCAUAUUUGAGACUGCAAGUCUUGCGAGAGGAUUACUGGGAUGUGGAUGACAAAUUAUCUUGUCUGACAGACUUAUCUCUUGGUGAUCUGGAGGCAUUUAUUCCGGAGCUUCUUUCUGAGUUGCAUAUCGAGUGCCUUUGCCACGGUAAUUUAUCGGAAGAAGAAGCUAUCAGUAUAUCUGAAAUCUUCAAAAGACACUUUCCGGUACAACCACUCCCAUUGGAAUCGAGGCAUGCAGAACGUGUUAUUUGUCUUCCCUCGGGUUCGAAGCUUGUUAGAGAUGUACGUGUGAAGAAUAAGCUGGAAGUGAAUUCUGUUGCCGAGCUUUAUUUUCAAAUUGAGCAAGACAUUGGCACAGAGGCUACCAAACUCAGAGCCCUUGCAGAUCUUUUUGAUGAUAUUAUAGAGGAACCACUUUUUGAUCAGCUAAGGACAAAAGAGCAGCUUGGGUACACUGUUCAAUGUAGCCCACGUGUAACAUACCGUGUGCUGGGCUUUUGCUUCGUUGUUCAGUCCUCCAAGUACAACCCAGUUUACUUGCAGGGUAGAAUUGACAACUUCAUAGAUAGCCUGCAGGAGUUACUGGAGGAGCUUGAUGACGAAUCCUUCGAGAAUUACAAAAGUGGAUUGAUAGCAAAGAAAUUGGAGAAGGAGCCAUCACUUCAGUACGAAACCAACCAUCUUUGGGGUCAAGUUGUGGAUAAAAGGUACAUGUUUGACAUGAUGGAGAAAGAAGUUGAAGAGCUGAAAACCAUCACGAAAAGUGAUGUUAUUGACUGGUACAAAACGUAUAUCAGUUCGUCGUCUUCGCAGUGUCGUCGACUUGCAGUUCGUGUUUGGGGAUGCAACACUGACAUGAAAGAGGCAGAAGCAGAACGGGAAUCUGUUAUGGUCAUUGAGGAUGUAAUGGCAUAUAAGAUGCAAGCAGAUUUCUAUCCUAGCCUUCGUUGAACUCGAAGAGCUGUCGGAUCACGGUAACAAAUGCGGUAAUUUAUCCAGAACUCUUGGUUUUUAAUUCACAUUAAAGUUCAUUGGAUAACUAUAUAUUUUUUCAAUACAAAAAGAAGGGGCGCUAAAAGUGAAAGAACGAGAAAUUUUUUGUUUGAGGUUCAUGUAAAAUCCAUUUUGCGGCUGACUUCUAAAAUAACGCCCCCAAAGAUGCUUAUUUUUUGACGCAUCCCCCAUAAUUUGUUCAUGGUCCGUUUUGUUACC